GAAAAAACAAGCGGAAGUAUUAUGUUAACAGCAUGUGAGGUAAACAAAGGCCGUUGCCCGAUGUCCGCAGGACCUGUGUCCAAGGAAAUAAGAGAUUUCAAGCAAGUUUGUUGAUUAUGCACAAUGAUGGAGAACCCAACAGCAAAUAAGAGCCACCUACCCUGUCAGUCGUGGGUGGGCCAGAACGGCUGGUCCACAGCUUUAACUCAAGGACCCCCCCUCAACUCAGUGACUAGCUCUCAGCAUCUCAGCUUGGGCUUGUCUUCUGAACAGCGACCCUCCUACGACCAUCUGCAGACAUCCAAUCAAAGCUGUUUGAGCAACCUCAGCACCUUAUCAUCCACAAAUAACACUCAUCACUCUGUCCUGUACAAAGCCUCUCACAUUAGUAGCAAUCUAUCAUCCACCACGUUAUUUGCCAACACUGCUAUCCCAAGUGCCUCUCCCCUUAUUUCCUGUGCUCAGCAAAGCCCACAGACUUCAUCACUGCUGCUAACUGCAAACCAAGGAAAAACUAUACCUCUACCAUCUCUUCCCCAACCAAACCAAGGAUUACAGCCCAGCAGGCCCCAACAUGUACCACCUCUGUCACCCCAUGACCCUUACAAAGCGACAUUUCGACCUCUGUUAACCAAUCAGGGUUUACCAAGUAGACUUCAGGAUCUGCCUAUGAGCUUGCCAUCAUGUGGACAAAGUGUAAGUGCAUCUCAACCUACUCUGGAAGGAGCGAAUUUGGAAUCUGCUGGUGUUACUGGAUACACUCACAGCUAUGGCCCUUCUACUUCUCAGGAGCAGCCUCAGUGGAUAUCAUCAUCACACUGCACGGGAGCCGUAAGCAAAUCUGUCCCUGAUGCAGCUGCUCAUCCUAACAAUGAGCCAUCGCAGGAGAACAUUACUCCUCUGGGCAGCACUGAGAUAUGGCGUUCAGUACUUUUACAUCACCGUGCGCAACUACUUAAACAGCUGGCAGAGAUGGAUAAACUUCUGGAAUCAAUCCCUCCAGAUGACGGUAGUGAUGGGCAGCCUCUCCCCACAGCUAAUCAGUUUCCUCCAUCAAUGGAUGAUUCAUCUCAGUGUGAACAAACUAAAACCAGCAAUGCACAGCAAGUUGAGCCGUCUCCAGGAAAGUCAAGGACGCAGCCGGAUCUUUCAGCAGAUUGUUUAUCACCUGCCACCUUUGAUGAACACGAUGAGGCCUGUGAUAAGCCAAUGUCAGGAGGAGAAUCAGAGAAAAGGGAAAAUACCUCAGCCGAGUCAGGGGACGACACUGAUCCUGAUUACAUCCCUAACAGCGAUGGCGACUUCUCUGACUUCCAUUCUGACGCUGACUGGGGCUCUUCAGAUGAAUCUAGUCACAGCUGUUCCUCGACCUCCAUGGACGAAAGAGCUCCUCUCCCGUUGAAAAAAAAGGCUAAAUUAGAAAGUUCUUUGUGUAAGGACAAAGGUCUGAAAAAGUCAUGUGCAACUAAUCAGAAUCAGCCCCCCGGAGCUGUGGUGCUGCCAACUUCAAAUUCCAAAGCACACCGUGUUUACGACAAGAGGAAUUACUGUUUGUUCUGCUCUAAGCCACUAGCCAAAAUGGCACGGCAUCUAGAGACAGUCCACAGUGAUAAAGCAGAGGUUGCAGUUGCAUUUCAGUAUCCAAUGCAUUCCAGAGAAAGACAGAAGAUAUGGAACAAACUAAUAAAUCAAGGAAACUUUGUACAUAAUAAGGAUGUUUUGAGAACCGGGAAGGGACAACUUGCUGUCCGAAAAAGACCCAACACAACUGGACAAGCCAAAGACUUUCUUCAUUGUCUUUACUGUCGCGGUCUUUAUGUGAAGAAAACGUUGUACAGGCACAUGAGACUGUGCCCGGAGAAAGUGAGGAACGAAAAUGAAUCGCAGAUUGGAAGAAAGCGCAUCGCAUCGCGGUGUGCGCUUGAAACUUUAGGAGAUCUUGGUGUAAGCGAUGGCUUUAAGAGCAUUCUGUGCGAGAUGAUCUACGAUGACGUGACACAAGCCGUCAUGGAUGACAAGAUUAUCUUGCAGUUUGGAGAGCAAAUGUUCAAUCAGCACGGAUCUGACGUGAGGAAGCAUGAUUAUAUAAGACAAAACCUUCGUCAGAUAGCAAGGCUUGUGCUCGAAGCUCAAAAAAUAACCCCUCUGAAGAACCUGCAGGAUUUCUUUUACCCCUCAAGCUUCCGACAUGUGGUUUCUGCAGUGAAAGUCUUAGCAGGCUAUGACCCAGAAAACAAAACAUACAACAUUCCUUCACUUGCCCUCAAGCUCGGCUACCACCUACAGAAGGCCUGUAGUAUUGUUGAGAGUAACGCAGUGAAGUGUGGUGAUGCAAGCCUGGCAGAGUCUGCGCGAAACUUCCUGUCAGUGUACCAGAAGAAAUGGAAUGAGCUCAUUUCUUCAGGCGCAUUAACAACUCUUAGAGAAACUAAACUGACCACAGAAAAAACUGUGCCAUUCGCUCAAGAUGUAAAGCGCCUGAAUUUCCACAUGGAGACUGCUCAUCUUCUUGCCGAGAAAAAACUGAAAGACGGACCUUCUGCAGAAAGCUAUGCUGUUCUGGCCAAGGUGAUACUCGCUCGGACAAUCAUUUUCAACAGGAGGAAACCCGGAGAGAUAUCAACGAUACAGCUAACAACUUUUAUGUCGCGUAAAAAGUCAAACGUGCUUGAUGACAUGGAUGUAUCCGUCUCAGAUUUGGAAAGAACCAUGUGUGGGCUCUUCACUAGAGUUGACAUACGAGGGAACUGUGGGAGAAUGGUCCCUGUUCUACUAAAGCCCUCAUUCGUGUCAGCUAUGGAACUUCUCGUUAAGACCCGCGAGACAUGUGGGGUCCCCAGUAAGAAUCCCUUUCUCUUCGGCCGACCGUGUGCACUGUCUGCCUACAAAGGGUCGGAGUGCAUCCAACAAUAUGUCAAAGAAUGUGGAGCUAAAAACCCUGAGGCGCUGACAUCGAGAAAGAUCAGGAAGCAUUAUGCUACAAUGCUACAGCUGUUGAAUCUGGAUGAAGAUGAGGCUGACCAAAUUUUAGGCCCUAAUAAUCAAGUUCGAACCCUGCGACAGAACAACGACAUGCAGCUGGAUGAUGUUGAAAUGGUUUCUGAGGCGAGAUCACAACAAGCUGCAUCAUGGCAUCAAACUGAGGUCUCCGGUGCAAGCUAUGAACCAGCAGAUUUUUAUCAUCAACAAGCACAUGGAGUAACGGCAGGCACCGAAGUGACUGUACCUCCAAGACCUGUCAACUCAGACAACAAAGGGUCUCAAAAUAAGGGCAAACACAAAUGGGAAGAAGCAGAGGUUCUUGCUGUCGAAAGACACAUGAUGCGUUUCAUUCAAGGACACAAGGUGCCUCAGAAAAACGACUGCAUUCAGUGUCUUGAGGCUGAGCCAAAAGCACUGAGGACGCGUUCGUGGAAAGGUGUAAAGGACUACGUCAGGAACAGGAUCACAGCCCUUAAAAGACAAAGUGGCACAUCCUCAAACAGUAACAGGCCGGGGCAAGUGGAACCACAGCAGAGUACUGGACAUUUUCAGCAGUUGUAGAUGUGAUAUUUUGUUGAUGGCAAAACAUGCAACUUUUGCCUCUUCUACUUUCUUAUCCUUCACCAGCCUCUCUCCCUAGUUCCGUCCAUCCGUUUACAAUGGCCAAGGAUAGAUUGAUUAUUGAUCAUUUUUAUUACAUUUUAUGGUUGUUCUCAGUCAGCACUGUUUAUUAUGAUUACAGUUUGUCUUACUCUGUGAUUUUGUUCCAUUUUAUUAAGUUCAUUUAAACAGAGACCGUUCAUAAAUACUGACAAAUGGCUGAUGGAUAAUACGUUUUUGGAGCUGUAAGUUUACCCUCCACAACCAAGUUAUCUGGUAUACUGCAUUUUGUUAUUCUGUUUGGUAUACUAGUAUAUGGUAUUUUGUUUGACUUUGUAUAACAGUUUACCAAUAAUAAAGUGCCAAGAAUAAUA